AUGCUGAAGAAUCCUUACUACGUGUACGGGUCCAGGGACAUCACUGUUCCGCUGCACUUGAACUUUGGCCAGUUCAUACUGGACAGAAUGUGGAUGCACAAAGACAGGAUUGCACAGACAAACGGAGCCACAGGCGAAACUAUGACCUACGGGGAAAUUGUGCAGCAAUCUAUGAGAUUCGCUAUCUCGCUCUCUCAAUUGGGCGUACGUAAAGGAGAGAGAAUAGCGAUACUAUCUGAGAAUAGACAAGAGUUUUGGACUGCUGUGAUUGGUCCGGCGUGCGUCGGCGCCAUUAUCACUACUAUAAGCACCAAUUAUGCUAAAGGCGAACUAAAACACGCAAUGAACAUAUCGAAACCGAAAUACGUGAUAAUAUCGCCGAAAAUGCACGAAAGGCACGUGCGUACGUUAAAAUCGUUUGGAUUCAUUGAGAAAACGAUAAUUUUCGGCGACGCUGGGUCGAAAAGCGGUUUAUAUUCGUUCGACGAGUUAUUGGCCGGCGACAGCUCUGAGAUUGAAGUCGAGAAGUUCACCGCGGUCAACGUGAAUGGGCAGAACGAUGUUUUGUUCAUGAUCUAUUCCUCUGGGACCACCGGCUUGCCAAAGGGAGUGCUGUUAACGCAUUACAACGUUAUAGCAGCGUGUUGUCUGCCUGUGACUUUCGACCCGAAGCUGCCGACUCUAAGCGUCGGUCCGUGGUACCACGUCAUGGGUCUGGUCGGUAGCAUCACUGGGAUGGCUAGCGGUAGAAUCGGGGUUUAUCUGGACAAAUUCGACGUUGAACUAUACUUGAAGACAAUCGAGAGGUAUAAGGUGGUCCAGCUGACCGUGGUACCCCCGAUCUUGGUCGCAGUCUGCAAGUCUACCAGCACUUUGGACCUGGGCUCUGUUAGACUGAUAUAUUCGGGGGCCGCUCCCCUGCACAAGGACACGGCCAAGGCUGCCUUCGAAAAGUUCCCGAACCUUAGAGGAGUCUUCCAAGGUUACGGGUCGUCAGAGACGACCCUGGGCAUCACCAGAUACACGUACACCCAAUUAGACAUCGCGAAACCGGGCAGCGUGGGUCUGGCUGCACCCGGAUGCGUGCUGAAGAUAGUCGACAUAAAAACCCGCCAGCCUCUUGGCCCUAAUCAAACAGGAGAGAUUUGCGCAAAGGGUGCGCUCCUUAUGAAGGGCUACAUCGGGAGGGCCAGGUCCGAAGACUUUGAUGACGAGGACUUCUACAGGACUGGCGACGUAGGCUACUACGACGAGGACGGACACUUCUACAUCUGUGAUAGGAUUAAGGAACUCAUCAAAUAUAAAGGAUAUCAGGUGCCUCCAGCCGAACUGGAAGCGGUCCUGCUGCAGCACGAAGCAGUGAAAGACGCUGGUGUCGUCGGCAUAGAGGACCGCGCGGCAGGAGAGGUGCCAUUAGCCUUCGUUGUACGCCAACCAGGGAAGGAAGUCACUGAACAGGACCUCAAAGAUUUCGUGGCACGGACGCUAUCAAAUCCGAAACACCUUCGGGGCGGAGUACGCUUCGUGACCGAAAUACCGAAGAACCCCAGCGGGAAAAUACUGAGGCAGGAGCUCAGGAAAUUAGCUAAAUCCCGAAAGAGCAAACUUUAAUAGCACUAAUAAAAUAUCUGUACUUUUUUGCAUUUUUAUUU